AUGGCAACACGACCCAUCCCCUUCAUUCUCUGCGGUCGAACCCCCCAGAUCGCAAAAGCAGUACGCGAAGGCGUGGCACCAGAGUAUCAUGUCCCCCACACCUUCCUCUCCCUCGAAGAAGCAAAAACAAACAUACCCCCCCUCCUCUCCCCCACCAGCCCCGAUCGGCCCGUAGCAGUCGUGCUCGGCGGCGGCUUCAACGACGCCAUGUUUGCAGAGAUAAAAGAGGCGUGCGACACAGCACAAGGGGGAAAGGACGUGGCGUGGCUACGCACGGAUAUAACGGGUAAGGUGGCGAUGCCUGAUAUGAAUGAUCAUGAGGCGUAUGGGAAGGCGAUGGGUGCGAGGUUGAAAAGGGGGUUGGAAGGGUUGGGGGUGGGGAGUGAGGAGGGGGUGAAAGGGGGUGUGCAUUUUUUCUAG